AUGGCCGACACCAUCCGUCGCCUCAUCCAGCGCUCUCAUCCCACCUGCAUCCCCAUCUCCAACCUUGUUUGCGAAAACCUUCUCCCAUCUCGGCGUCUCGCUCUCUCUCCCUCCUCCUCCUCCCAGCAGCGGAGCCAAACCUUGUCGCCACCACCACCUCCCAUCCGCGUCCUUCCUCCGUUCUCCGUUCGCCGUUGGCCCGCGCACUCCCACACGCUUGGCGUCUUUCGACCUGCAUUUCGCCGCUUCGACGCUCGCCUGCCUUCCGCGCGUCUUCGGCUCACCACGCCAGUCAGUGCCUGCAGCGCGCCCGCACAUCCGUCUGCAAGUGCCGCCGCCGUUUCGCCCCCGCCCGCCCGCUCGCUCGCGCCGCAGCCUUGUCUUCAACCCCAAUACGACAAACCCGUCGCCAGCAUCCACUUUUCUCGUCUGUCUUUGUCUAGACCGACCGACGCGCAACACACGCCGCCUCGAGCCUCGUCUCCCGCCUCUGCCCACAACAAGCAGCGUUCAGCUUGCUGCUUCCCGCCUGGCCAACGCCUCUAUCUAGACGGACCGCUUUCCCGCUCGUCCUAG